CUCCAUAAACCAACAAGAUGAAUUCUCUCUCCACCGUGUGGUUAUUUUAAUUGAAUUGACCUUUGGUGAUUUGGUGGAGCAUCAGCAUUCGAACACCUUGUGGAGUUUCCCAAACAUGUAGCCUUUUAGGUGCUCAAGAUCCAAUCAGAUUCAAGGGCUGCUAUACUGAUGAUGAAUCAUUCCUGGCCUAUAAUUGGAAUGUUGUCUCCCCAUCCCAUAAAACACAUCACAUCUACUAGUACAAUGUUGCUGCCAGCCAAAUUGCUGGGACUUUUUUUCAUCUUUUUCUUUUUUGGGGUUAACAUGGAAUGGAAGGAUGGUUUUGUCAUGUUGUAAAUUUUGAACUAUCCUCUCUAUCGUAUUUUCCUGUGCACAGCUCGUCACUGAAAACAGAGAAAGCAAACCCUUUCAGUGUCCUGCUUAGAAGUUGAGGGGUUCUUGAUUCUUUGUCGUCGGUGAUUUGAAGAGGAGAUAGUUUGAGUUCAGUACUGGUAUGGACACAGUGGCGUAAAGAUGCCAUUUGCUCUGCUCCUGCAACGCUUAUGGGUGAGCACGCAUGGAGCUACUCAUUUAAGCUUGGCGACCAAAGCACUUGUGAUGUCAUCAUAUGCCUGAGAAACAAGGAAGGCAGGCACGAAGCUUUCCAUGCACAUUCCUCCAUUUUAAAAAACAAAAGCAAAUUUUUCGCAAACAAGCUCUCCCAACCAAAUUCCAGUGCCCAGAUAGAGAUCCAGUGCACAGAGUCUGAUUAUGAUCAUUAUGUUGAACUUGUGAAGCGUCUUUAUUGUCCCAGAGAUUUACUUUUGGACUCGUGGGAUUCUGUUCGAUCUGUUAUUGGGGUCCUUCAGGUGGCUGUUUUACUGAACUGCGAAGAGAUCACGGAGAGCUGCAUCCAGUACCUGGAGGCUGUUCCUUGGGAAGACAAGGAAGAGGAAGAGAUUGUUAAAAUAGCACUAAAGCUAGGCCCACUAGCAAUGCCAAUUUUGGCCAGGAUUGAACCGGUAGAUGUCAAUGCAACGAAGAAGGUGUUCAUCUCCGCCGUUCGCUUUGCCACUUCUACUGCUGGCCCUUGUCCUCCGCUGUUCGGAGAUGAGCUCAAGACCUCUGCCCAAGAACAAAUUGAUUACAUGCUAGGUGAUGAUGAGGGUGUGCCCUUAAUUACAGGUGAUGAUGAGGUGAAAGUGGAAGCCAGAAGCGGUCUGUCCAAGCUUUGUUCUUAUUUCAAGAGCAACGUGUCUUCGCUGCUUCUGGAGUCUGAAACCACAUACGAGUCAGCAGAGAAAAGAGUAAUGCAAAGUCUGUCCGAUCUAGAGUGGAUGUUCAAUGUGCUUCCCAAGAUGGAUUUGAUGAAAGAUUUUGUUGGUAACUGGGUAGACAUAUCAGAUAAUAUACUGGUCGUCGUUGAAGAUAAGAAGCUUGAUUCUGCAUUCUGGGGUCUGAAAGUGAAGCUAAUAGAAGUCACGGCAAAAGUAUUGGAAGCAGUCGGAUAUGGAAACGUGAUUCUUCCAGCACAAUGUCGGGUACAUUUGCUAAAGACAUGGCUUCCGUACAUACGGAAGAUGAAGGCCCUUUUAGAUUCCAUGGCCGACAAGGAGACCGAGUUCCCAUACAAGUUGGAUGAAGAUCUGUGCCAGAGCAUUGAGGGAGCCAUGGUCUCAUUGAUUUUGGCAUUGCCAUCAAGUGAUCAAGCUGACAUCCUUGUGGACUGGAUGAGCGCUGAGCAGUUAAGGUAUCCUGAUCUGAGCGAGGCUUUUGAGGUCUGGUGUUAUCGAACCAAGUCAGCAAAGAGAAGAUUGGUGGAGGGCUUGGGCAAUGUUGGCAAAACCACCCUCAGCCUUUAAGUUUAACUCAUCUAAGCCUAAAUUUUUUGUUGCAUGAUUAGAUUAAAUUUUGAUGUAGGUGGUGGAAAAGAAGCCUCCACUUUAUGCAUUUUUUGGUUGAUGCAUGGUUUCAUAGAUGGAUUUUUUUUUUUUUUUUUGCUGGUUGGGCUUCAUGUCUUACUUUCUGGAAAAAUUCCAGUGGUAAGUUUUGAUAUAACAAAUUUGUUUUCA